AUGUCUGAAUACAUUCCUUACGGAGGAUUUAAGUAUGUUAAACCUUCACUAGAAGGAAUAAACGAUCUCGCUGAUACAUCGCCGAUAGGACGAAUAUAUGAUGUUGAUAUAUCAUACCCACAAAACUUGCAUGAUGAGCAUAAUGACUUACAAUUUUUGCCUCAGAAUUCUAUUCCGAAAGGAUCAAAAAUGAAUAAGUUGAUGACGACCUUUAAAACGAAAAAGAAUUAUAUAGUUCAUUAUCGCAGUCUACAGCAAGCAAUAGCUAAUGGGUUGAUAGUCGAAAAAGUGAAUAGAGUUCUUCAAUUUAACCAAUCGGCGUGGUUAGCUGAUUAUAUAAAUUUGAAUACUGAAAUGCGAAAAAAAGCGUUGAAUGACUUCGAGAAGGAUUUUUUCAAACUGAUGAAUAAUAGUAUUUUUGGGAAAACUAUGGAACAAGUACGACGUAGAAUAAAAAUGGAAUUGGUGUCGAGUGAAAACAGAAUACAAAAACUUAUUAAUUUGACAACAUUUAAAUAUGCUACGGCGUAUAAUGAAACACUGUCAGCGGUAUCAUUAGAAAAUAAAGUUAUUACUUUUAAUAAACCUAUUUAUAUUGAUUCACUGGUAUACCAUAUAAUGACCGAUAGUUUUUAUAACGAUUUAGUGAAUAACCCAAUAUUGUUGGAUAGGAUGGAUACUUCAAAUCUCCCCACAACCCAUCCAUGUUACAUCGCUGAACGUAGAAAAGUACCAGGAUUUUUUUCUGAUGAAACUGAUGGGCUGAUUAUUACAGAGUUUUGCGCUCUGAGGGCCAAGUCUUAUGCCUACAAAAUCAAUGGCGAAGAAAAAAUAAAAGCGAAAGGUAUUCGAGGUCAUGUGGUUAAAAACCACAUGACAUUCGAUCACCAUCGACGAUGUUUUUUUGGCGAACUAGACUUGGAAACAUGUAGGCAGCAAAAUGUAUCCAUCCGAUCAUUUCGUCACCAAUUAGUUACACUUACCACCAAUAAAAUUACCUAUAAUUGUUUUGAUGACAAAAGAGUAGUGCUAGAAGAUAAUAUACAUGCCUAUGCGCAUGGCCACUACAAGAUACAGGAAAUUGAAGAACUUGAAAGAAUAGAAGCUGAGCUAGUAGCAAUGAUGGAUGAUGCAGGAUAUUAA